GCUCGACUUUCGGCUCGGUGAUCAUACAGUAAGAGCCGCGAGACACGUUGAAGCCACGUUGAAUUUGAAGCUCGAAGUGGCCGUCAUCCUUUGCGGGGUCUUCAGCUUCACACUCCAGCGCUCGCUGUUCCGCCCGGCACUUCGCAUAGCCAGUGUCUUUGUAAACGAUCGAGACGAACCAGCCGCUUCCUGGUCACUUUUCAACCGCUUCCUUGCAAACUUGUCCCCAUGAGCGACCAGAGGGCCGCUUCUGUGACUGCAAACCCCGCGACCACCGCGCUGCGAUCGCCGUUCUGCAUCGAAACAGAGGAAAACCCAAUAAAGGUUAACAUCAAGAAUGCCACCGAGCUGAAGCACACCUUGGACGAUGCGAUAAAGCGGAUCUUAGUCCUCGACCACAAAUUCACCGAAUCCCACACCCACACCGACCGCCGCCUCCUCCUCGGCUAUCUCUCCGUCAUCUUCGCCGCCUACGCAACAGCCUACUCAUACUACGUCCCCUUCCCGGAAUGCAAAACCGUCCUCACCGUGUGCGUCGCGGCGUACUUUGCACUGAAUGGGGCGAUGGUUGCUUAUAUCCAGUUUGUGGAGAGGGAUACGCUGUUUGUGGGAGUUAGGAAGGAUACGCUGAUGGGAGUGAAUCCAGACGAGAAACUGACCGUGAAAACGGAAACGCGCGCAUCCACAGCCGAAUACAACAUCACCCUCCAAUUCGCCAACGCCUCCACCCCAGCCAUAUCGUCUCCAGCAGCAUCAGUAAAGACAUCCACCAAAAAGAAAUCAGCAGCGGCAUCAACGAUACCGCGUGCGAAGAAGCCGAAAAGCGAAAUCGUGGUCAAAAAGUCAUAUGGCGACUUUUUUGAUGUCGAGGGCACGUUUGUACCGCAGGCGUUGGUGGAUGCGUUGGCGAAGGGGAUUGCUGCUGGGGGUUUGAAGUUGGAGUAGGGGGAAGGGAUACGGGAGGGCUCGUUGCGAAAGGGUGCUUGGGCGCUUGGAGUUGAGAGACGUGCCUUCCACCGUGGAGGUGGCGGCAUCAGCCGGACGAUGGGCCGUGACGAAUGACUCUGAGAGCAUGGGUCAGUUCACAACCAUGCCACGCAACGACCGGCUGGAAGGCGGGGAUGACUACUUCCGAACAGGCUUGCACAUACUGGGGAGCCGCCCCAUCCACUGGCAGAGAAACAGCGCCUUGAUAGCAUAGAAUGGGCACUCUCCUCCGCGCGCACAUUGCGUGUGGUUGUCGCAUGUGGUGGCGACGCGGAACAUGUGGCAUAUGUACAUUACUAUGGCACAAUGAUUAUGUGUUUACUUGUAUACCAGUCAUACACAAUAGUACACACAAAGAGAGCAU